AUGGCGGGGAAUAACGACCCACCCUCUUCAAACAGCUUAACUUCCAAUCUUACGAGUGCGGCUUCCUCUGUUGGUGGAGCGUGUUCAAUUACCACGAGUCCAGGCACAGGUGGUGGCUUCAUACGUGUGGAUGUUAAAGUGAAGCACGUUUCGGCAACCAGAAGGAUACCUCUCAUGAGCGUUCACACAAAGGACGGCUUCCAGAUGGUCAACUACUGCGAGACGGAGAAGGAGGAGUUCCUCAAGCAGGAAGUCAUGGAAUUGACUGAAUUGAAAAAGAUGAAUCAUGAAGAUUGCGACGAUUCAAAGGAUGACGAUUUCCUCCUCAACCCUGAAAUUCUUCUUAUUCCAUCUCAGACCGAAAAAACCAGUUCCUCCUUCCACAACAAGUAUAUUCUGAGCUAA